CUCCCUUAGACAAAGCACCACCGAGUCUUCCGUUUGCCAAUAAUAGACGAAGCAAGUCAAAAUGUAUUUAGGAACGACACAUAUUUGAACAAGACUGUAUGAUAAGCGAAGGAGGUUAAGCAACAAGCAAAGACAAUGAGGGGUGGCAUGAUAGGGACAUUUUCCUGAUAUAAUUGGACAUACAACAGCCAUGGCAGGGAAAGAUGGCCAGACUGCCAUGUCUGCCCUGGGAGGGGAAGAUUCAGGGAGAACCCAUGGUGAUGACGGCACCCAAGCUGCUGCCAACUCCACUGCAGCGUCUACGUAUUUCAAUGAAAGGAUUCCCAUCCCUGAUGCUGGGAAUCCUCGGUUUAGUUUCCGGAAGUUAUGGGCGUUCACUGGGCCAGGUUUUCUGAUGAGCAUUGCAUACCUGGAUCCUGGGAACGUAGAGUCUGAUCUGCAAUCUGGUGCCGUCGCUCAGUUCAAGCUGCUAUGGGUUCUACUGGCCUCUACUUUGUUGGGGCUGAUGCUGCAGCGACUAGCAGCACGCCUCGGGGUGGUCACAGGGAUGCAUCUAGCCGAGGUCUGUUACCGGCAGUACCCUAAAGCAUCCCGCCUCAUCUUGUGGAUCAUGGUAGAGAUCGCCAUCAUUGGCUCUGACAUGCAAGAGGUCAUCGGAACAUCCAUUGCAUUAUAUAUUUUGUCAAGUGGAAAAAUCCCUCUCUAUGGCGGAGUAAUCCUCACUAUAGCAGACACCUUCACCUUCCUGCUGCUGGACAAAUAUGGGUUGCGGAAGCUGGAGGCUUUCUUUGCCUUCCUCAUCUUUGCUAUGGCUGUAACAUUUGGCUAUGAGUAUGUGGUGGUGGCCCCAGACCAGGUCGAGGUGAUGAAGGGGCUGUUUGUGCCCUACUGUGAGGGCUGUGGCCCUACACAGCUGAUGCAGGGCAUAGCCAUGGUGGGCGCCAUCAUCAUGCCCCACAACAUCUACCUACAUUCAGCUCUCGUCAAGUCAAGAGAAGUAGACCGGAGUAAGAAGGCAGAAGUUCGUGAGGCCAACUUCUACUUCUUUAUCGAGGCUGUGAUUGCCUUGUUUGUGUCCUUUGUCAUCAACCUGUUUGUGGUGUCAGUGUUUGCUGAAGGGCUUUACUCCAGAACCACAAAGGAGAUUUACAACAGCUGUGUUGCCGCUGGUAACCCUCAUGCGUAUGUCUUUGAUGUGAAUGAAACCGAUGGGCUGGUUGAAGUGGACAUCUACAGAGGGGGGGUGUUUCUGGGAUGUCAGUUUGGGGUCGCUGCUAUGUACAUUUGGGCAGUGGGGAUCCUGGCUGCUGGUCAAAGUUCAACCAUGACCGGCACAUAUACUGGACAGUUUGUGAUGGAGGGUUUCUUGAACUUGACGUGGAAGAGAUGGCAGCGUGUAUUGCUGACCCGGAGUAUCGCCAUCCUGCCAACUGUCUUUGUGGCCAUAUUCCAAGGCAUCGACCACCUGACUGUGAUGAAUGACCUGCUCAACGUGCUGAUGAGUCUGCAGCUGCCCUUUGCCCUCAUCCCCAUCCUUACGUUCACAAGCUCACCCGACAUCAUGGAGGACUUCACCAAUGGCAUGGUGAUGAAGAUUUUGUCAGGCCUCCUGGCUGUGGGAGUCAUCAUCAUAAACUUGUUCUUCGUCGUCGUCUACAUCCAUCAAGCACCUGCUCACUGGGCCAUCUACCUGGCUGUGGCCAUCGCUGUCUGCUUCUACAUCUGUUUUGUUGUCUAUUUGUCUCUACACUGCCUGGCAAUGAUGGGAGCAGAAUUUCUUAAGAAAAUUGUGAUCUGUGGCCACACCAUCAUCCCGCGCAGCAGAAGUCUCUUACAGCAAAACAGCGCUGACGGUGAUCAGCAAACCGAGAUGACCCCUGCAGCCGUUUCCCCAAACGGGUCCAUGCAACCAUUAUCAUAUAAGAGCUUGUCAGAAUAACCAUAUUUGUGAUAUCAAACAUAUUUUUAUAGGAAUAUACUUUAUUUGGUCUCUAUAUAUUUAUGGGAGUAAAACAAUUAAGUUCAUUGUGCCUUGAACAGUAUGUUGCUGACCAUCAGUCACAUAUUAAGGAACAUGAGUUUUAAGUGUUUGAUGCCCGGAACUUUUACUGGAAACCACCGGCGUUAUUUCUCAAACACACCCACAAAUCUGAAGACACAUGUUCAGAGCUACA